ACUCUAUAUCCUCAGGGUUGUCACAUGGAGCAAAUGAAGAAUUCUAUAUAAAAUAUCUUAUAAUAUGUUAUGAUGCCCAUGGGUAAGGAAUAAUUCUUAGACUGCAGAAGGGUUAAAGGCUACAGUUUGGAACAACAGUUUGAAAGCAUAUGACUGAUUUCAGAAUCAAUAAAAUCAAGCAAAAAGGACAGCUCUUUGGCAUAUUCUUGACUGAGGAUUUCAAAACAUUUAAAGUCGAGGAAGUUUUCCUUCUUUUCCAGCUUUGGGAGUUGAAGAGGGACUCGUGGGACCUGGGUAGGCAGUGUCUGAAGACUGGGGAGAAGAGGAACAGUCCUUGGGAAACCUGCUGCUCUGACUUCUCACCUGGGGCGGGCAGGUGCUCCACCACCCUCUCGCCCUCUUUCAUCCACACGUGCGCCAGAGCCACAUCCAGCACCACGGACAGCUCCCAGGAGGUUUCCUGUUUCUAUGACAGACUUUUCCUCUCUCCAGUCAGGAAAUUCCAUGAUCUUUCUUAUUCUUCUCUUGGGAAGUUCUUCCCAAUGUCUAACCAAGAUCUGUACUGCUGAAGCACCAGUUCUUUGACCCUUGGCUUGACAUGGCUGAUUUGAGA